AUGAAUGUUCAGCGCACGCCCUAUGUCUGCGUUCAAUGCUCGGCGCAGGCAUUGCGCGCUCCCUUUCGUCGCUCGUACCGUCGAGCUUUCCCGCAGUUGACCUGGCAGCGACGUCAUAACAGCCACGCCGUCCAGACCGAUCGGCCAUAUCGCGUUGCCAUUGUGGGGUCGGGACCGGCGGGCUUCUACGCUGCAUACAGACUGCUGGGUAAGGUGGAUAAUGCUGUAGUUGACAUGUACGAAAAGCUCCCCGUUCCAUUUGGUCUGGUGAGGUACGGAGUAGCGCCCGAUCAUCCGGAGGUCAAGAACUGCGAAGAAAAGUUCACCGAAGUCGCGCAGUCGCCCCGAUUCAACUUCAUAGGAAACAUUGAACUGGGCCGGAGCCUUUCCCUGCAGUCACUCAAACCCCAUUACGACGCGAUCCUGUUCUCCUACGGAGCGCCCAAGGACAAGGAACUUGGGAUCCGCGGCGAGAGGGGAACCCCUAACGUUUACUCGGCUCGGGAGUUUGUCGGCUGGUAUAACGGACUACCGGAACAUCGUGACCUUUCCCCCGAUCUUACUGCCGGAGAGGACGCUGUGAUCGUUGGGCAGGGCAAUGUGGCAUUGGACGUUGCCAGAAUCCUACUGUCGGAUGUGGACGCUUUGCGCAAGACGGACAUAGCCGACUACGCCCUGGAUGAGCUCGCCAGGAGCAAGAUCAACCGAGUGCGAGUGGUCGGUCGACGAGGACCGCUGCAGGCCGCGUUCACGAUCAAAGAAUUGCGAGAACUGCUGCAACUCCCUGGCGUCUCUUUCGACCCUAUCCCACGAAAGCUGUUCCCACCGGACGAGGUGAUGGCCGCUCUCCCCCGGGCGCAGAAACGACUCGUCCAGCUCCUGGCCAAGGGAUCGACCAAUGACCCUGCAAGCAGCACAAAGUCCUGGGCUCUGGAUUUCCUGCUCUCACCCGAAUAUCUGAACGUUUCCCCAUUCCCACCCAAUCAACUAUCCCACGUCAAGUUCUCCUGCAACGAGCUUGACCCGUCAGAUCCCCACUCGCCCAGCGCUAAAGUCAUACCCAAGUACCUACCCAAUAAACAACGUAGGCAAGCCAACAUCCCGGCCAAUACGUUCUUCCGCAGCGUCGGCUACAAAUCGCUCCCCUUGAACGGACUAGACGAUCUGGGGAUCCAAUUCGACACGAACCGCGGGGUUAUUCCGAACGAUGGGUUCGGACGAGUCACUAGCCCCAAGAAUACCGGCGACAACGAAGAACUGCCGGACGGAUCGCUCAUCUCGCAUCUUCCUGGGCUGUACUGCGCCGGAUGGGUCAAGCGCGGCCCGACGGGGGUCAUUGCCACGACGAUGACGGACGCGUUUACCACUGCUGACGCCAUCGCGGCGGAUCUGACGAGCAAGAGCCAAGCAUCCCUGUUGAACUCUCCGGACCAAAGCACCGGUCUUGGCUGGGAGGGCGUCCGCCCCGAGGUUCGGAGACGAGGGCUGCAGGCUACUUCCUGGGAGGAUUGGCAACGGAUUGACGCGGCGGAGCGCGAUCGCGGACAAUCGCAGGGUAGAAGUCGGGUCAAGUUCGGUCGCGUGUCUGACAUGUUGGAUGUGGUGGGUUGA